UCCUUAAACAAAGUCCUAAGUUUGGGGUGAAUUUCCCGUUUUGUGGACCAAUGAAGUCGAGUCAUGGUUGGUAAACGACAGCGUCACAUUCAUGUACGUUUAUUAAGCUGUAUGAAUGUGUGUUUUGGUGUUGCUGCUGUUACCGGUUUGUUGUAUGAUUUGACAUGAAUGAUUCAUGAGCAACUGCUGUUGGUGUGUUAAUAAUCAACGCCUGGAGCAUCUCUCUUCCUCUCUUUCAUUAGCUAUCUAUCUAUCCGUUCAUUCGCUCUCUGACUCAUUUCUCUCUCUCUUCUCCCCUCAGGUGUCUCUCUCUCUCUCUCUCUACCUGAACACCUUGAGUCAGAGUCGUAACGGCCAGAAACACAGGACAUGUCUAUUCCUGCUGCCUCUUCUUCUUCUUCUCUCAGAUUUAGACUUUCUCUCCUUCACUAUCACUUUCUCUCUCACUCCAUUUCUGUUCACUUGUGUCUUCUUGCUGCUGGUUUGUCAGUAAAUUAUCGAUUUGAGGAGACUGAGAAGACAGAUCAGCCCUCUCUCUCUCUCUCUCUCUCUCACGGCUUAUUUAGCCAGUUAGUUGUUCAGUUAGUUAGUUAUGUUGUUGUUGUUGUUGUAGGUUAAAGGAGCUCCAUAUCAGAGGAGGAUUCACACCUUACUGGCCUAAACAUCAUGGUUGUCAAUAACUGCGUGGUGUUGUGAUGAACAGCCAAGAACGACUCUAACACACAAACACACUAUGAGUAUGUCGGCGGUGCGCUCAGCCUCCCCUCUGCCUGCAGACCCGAUCACGCCCCCACCCAUGACCACACCUCCUCGCAAAGCCUCAGUCCGCCUGCAGGAGAGGCGGGGCUCCAACCUCUCGCUGCUAUUGGACGUGAGCAGCCUGGGGGCGGAGCCUGUGUGUUCUGUCUCCACCCCGAAGGAGGUGUGGCUCCAGCUGCUUCACACCUCAUCUCGACCUCUCACGCACACGAUGCUGCAGCAGGCCGCCGUGGACGCACACACGCUGAAUGUAGAGUAUCAGAAGAUCCCUCCGAACUUUGUGAGCGCCGCAGAGCUCGAUGUUCCCGGACACAUGAUCAAAGACCGAUACAAGACCAUCCUGCCCAACCCUGAGAGCCGGGUGGUCCUGAAGAGCCCAGAGGAAGAGGCGGGGCCAGACCGCUACAUCAACGCCAACUACAUCAAGGGUUAUAAAGGAGCUCGCAGGGCCUACAUCGCCACCCAGGGGCCGAUGCUGCACACUGUGGGGGACUUCUGGGACAUGGUGUGGCAGGAGAGGAGCAGCAUCAUCGUCAUGGUUACAAGAUUGAAGGAGAACAACGAGAAAUGUGAGCUGUACUGGCCACAGCCGAGGGAGAGGAGGAGGAGGAGGAAGGAGAAGGAGGAGGAGAAAGAGGAGGAGGAGGAAGAGAUGGAGGAGAGGGAGGAAGAGGAGAAGGAGGAGGAAGGAGAGACGGGACAAUUCGGCAGAUUCCUCCUCAGAGUGAGAGACAGCAGAGAGAAAGAUGGGUUCACCGUCACUGACAUGGAGAUCCAGCUGUGCUCGGAGCGUCGUACCGUCAGACACUACUGGUUCACCUCUUGGCCUGACCACCACAUCCCACAAUGCACCGCUCCUCUGCUCAGACUGGUGGAGGAGGUGGAGAUGUACAGCAAGUCCCUCCUACCGCCCGCCGGCUCUCAGCCAAUCACAGCCCCCGUCCUCGGUCCUGGACCAAUCGUCGUCCACUGCAGUGCAGGUAUCGGGAGGACAGGUUGUUGUAUCGUCAGCAGUAUCGGCUGUCAGCAGCUCAGAGAAACCGGCCAGGUUGACAUCCUGGAGACGGUCUGUCAGCUUCGACUCGACAGGGGUGGUAUGAUCCAGACCACAGAGCAGUACCAGUUCCUGUAUUCCACACUGGCACAGUACAGCUCCCAGCUACAACACAACCAGGAGCAGAACCAGAACCAGCAGAACCCAGAGGAGCAAGCCAGCAUACAGCUACAGAACCUCCAGCUGGACAACACACAGAACUGAUUCCAUACAGAACCUGGAGAACCAACAAGACCAGGUACACACCUAAAGAACUCCAGCAGAAUCAACAGAAAGCACAACAAGUGUUCUUAAGAGAACCAGAAAGAUGGAAACAAGAAGUUAGAAGACACCAGCAGACGAACCCAAAGACCUGAUGCGCUUACAGAUGGAGAAUUUGGGGAACCAGCAGUAUCUGAAGUGUCAGGAUCACACAGGAACCCCCAAAGAACUGGAUAUGUUGGUCCAGCUCAGUGCAUGUGACCCUGAUGAACCAGCACAGCAGAACACCAUGUUCACACUGGACUGGAAGUCUCUGAACAGAACCAAGUAGAAAAAACACAAAAUGUCCUUUCCAAUAUUAAAAACAUCUGAUGAAAUAAAAUAAAAUAAAAAUGGA